ACAUUUUUAAAUGACAGUUCACACGUACGGUCCCCAUAGACGGAAAAGGGCAAAGACAGGAAUGUUUGUGUGCUCUGUGUUUGUGACAACGGGUAGCCUACAGUCACUGCUGUCAGUGCAACUAACAUUACCUGCACUCUACCUGAACCGCUGACGUCCAUCUGCUGCCCUCUGGGAACCGGCGGCUAUCGGCAGACAAAAUCGGACUGACUGUCACUGAGAAAUGAAAUGAGGCUUUACUCCCUCAGAUUUGGAUGUGUGCUGGCUUUUGCGUGUUUUGCGUCGUUUACUUGGAUUAAAUCGAUUCCCAGUGAUGGAGGCUCCACCGUGCGGCCAGACCUGCAGACCCUGUACCAGCGGCUGCUGCUGGCUGAGGAGUUGGGAGGGCAGGUCAGCAGAGAUCUCAGCAGCCUCCUGGAAGAACUGAGGAACACAUCCAGAGCUGCCAACAUCAGCCAUCCCAUCAGUAGCACCGCCACCACCAGCGACAGCAUCCCCACAGAAAAAAUAAGACAGAAGACAGACCAUUCAGGCCAGCAGACCUUCGUCCAGCCCAACAUUUACCUCUACAUGCCCCACCUCAGACAACAUCCAGACAGCCUCCUACCCAACGUAGUGCUGGGACAGGGGCGCCGUGGAGUGUCCCUGGUGCUGGGCAUUCCUACAGUGAAGCGUGAGAAGCAGAACUACCUGGUCAGCACACUGCGCUCUCUGCUCUACGGCCUGACGACUCUGCAGCAGCAAGAUCUCCUCAUAAUUGUCUUUGUUGCUGAGACGGACUCCGACUAUGUGGGCAGCAUAGCAGAGAGCAUCAGGAAGAAUUUUUCUAGAGAGGUGCAGUCCGGGCUGUUGGAGGUCAUCUCUCCUUCUCAGUAUUACUACCCCGACUUCUCGGGCCUCAGAGAGACCUUUGGAGACUCCAAGGACAGAGUCAAAUGGCGAACGAAGCAGAACCUGGACUACAGCUUCCUCAUGCUCUAUGCUCAGGACAAAGGAACAUAUUAUGUUCAGUUAGAGGACGAUGUUGUUGCAAAGGCAGGCUACUUCAACGCCAUGAAGACCUUCGCCAACCAACAACAGCAAUGGCUCUACCUGGAGUUCUCCCAGCUGGGGUUUAUAGGAAAGAUGUUUCAGAGCCGUGACCUCCCGAUGAUUGCAGAGUUCUUCCUGAUGUUCCACAGAGACAAACCCAUCGACUGGCUGCUGGAUCACAUCCUGUGGGUCAAAGUGUGCAACCCGGAGAAAGACGCAUAUGCACUGCUGCGGUUUCAUCAAAGAGGCGACCUGGCUGUCUGUGUCUGUGUAAGUCCCGCUGCUUUCGAGUGCCGCUCCUGUCACAGCGCGGAGCAGGCACACUUUGCUCCUCCUCCCACCUCUUGGGAUUUGAUGUUGUACUGUCAAGUAACUCAGCGGCGCCAGGCAAGCAAGCAGCCAGGCUCGGCAGCGGCCAGCAGCAGACACACACACACACGAGCAGGACAGAGACGGAGCAGAAGAAUGGAAGAGAGGAAGAGGAGCGCGGUGUGGCUAUAUUUUCAGAAAGACUGCAAUAAACAGAAGGCGCAGCUCCGGCACAGGUACAAGCCAUCCCUCUUCCAGCACGUGGGCCUCCACUCGUCUCUGUCGGGGAAGUUACAGCAACUGAAGGAUAAGGACUUUGGCCAGCAGUCUCUGUUCCAGGCCCACAGUAACCCAGCUGCAGAGCUGAGCAGCAGCCUGAAGCAUUACCAACAGCACAGCCUGGAGCGGGCCUACAGAGGACAGGACUUCUUCUGGGCACUGACACCCAGCCAUGGGGACUACAUCCUCUUCAACUUCACCCAGCCAAUCCACAUUUCCAGGUACCUGUUUCGCAGCGGAAACAUCGAGACCAGCGGAGACAAAUUCACCAACACCACAGUGGAAGUGCUGCCCAGCAACGCGUCAGCACGAGACAGACUAGCGACUGGCUCAUCUUCUUCCUACAAAGCACCUGAUGAGCACUUCAUCACUAUCGGUGCGUUUGAGAACGGGGUCGCCGAGGGAGAAAUUGAAGAAGCGCUGCAGCCCAUCUCAGCGCUCCGCCUGGUGGUUCACUCUGACGCCGACGUCUGGGCUCUGCUCAGUGAGAUACACAUUGCAGUUUGAAGACCACAGAGAAGAGAAGAAACCCCCAACACACACACGUUGCCAUGAGGCCCGGUGAAUCUGCUGCUGCCCCCCCCCCCCCACUUGUAUAGGGUUGGUUGUCCACCUGAAUGGACGGUGAGAGGAAGAGGAGCCAUGUGUACAGUGUUUGUUCUGCAAUAUUCAUUAUGAAGAGUUCUGAUAUUGAUCGUGUGCCAGGUAGCUGUUUAAAGGCGCUCCAUUAUCAAAGAGUAAAACCGUGAGUAAUUUAUUACACUAUUACUUUAUAUUUUGUUGUAACAAAUAAAGAAAUCCACCUCGCCUUUAGAGUA